UGUAUUCCAAAAUCAUAGAGAAUCAACCAGUAAAUAAAUUGAAAAUGGCGUCGUUUUGCCGAUUAAAUGAAUCAAAGAAAUUAUUUAUGUGAUGUCCUGUUUUAAUUGACCAAAUACAAUUAAUUAUACAUUAAUCUCUUAUAGGAUAUAUUUUUGAGAGUACUUGUUGUGCGUUGUGUACUAGGAAGCAGUGUAAUAUUCGCGAUAAGCGAAAUGAUUUUACUGUUAGAGCAAGAUUAAAGUGUUUACAUGAUUUCGGUUCGGGUGCGUUGGCCACGAUGCUGCCCACAGUGGAGGAGAGCCGUGGUUACGAUUUCCAGGACCCGGAGAAUUCGGAGAAAUGGCGGGGCCUCUUUGUCACCUCACUCCGAAAGGUCCUGGAAUCGGUGCAUCCAUCACUGACAGCAGAAGAGAGUGCACUGGAAUUUGUGGAGUCGCUCUGCCUAAGACUGCUUGCCAUGCUCUGCGCUGUACCCUCCCCACUUACUGUGCAGGAUGUGGAAGAGCGAGUAGCCCGCACGUUCCCGACGCCUCUUGACCGAUGGGCGCUCACAGAUGCGCGCGACGCUUCCAGCACGCGGCGCCGCAAGAUGCUGCUACCGUUGGACAAGUUGCACCAACUGCUGCAGAAGGAGGUGCUCCAAUACAAGAUAGACAUGUCAGUGUCGGUGUUCAUGACAGCAAUUCUCGAGUAUGUAAGCACUGACAUCCUCAGGCUGGCCGGCACGUUCGUGAAGAAGAUCUCACAGAAGAGUGGCUAUCAAGUCAUCACAAGUAGAGAUAUUAAGACUGCCAUGUGCGCAGAUAAAGUGUUAAUAGACAUGUUCUACCAAGACUCGGAGCUAGAGGGUGCGGCGGCGGUCAACGCCUCAACACUAGGGGUCGAAAGGCGCGGCCGGCGCGCAUCCCUGAGUUACGGCGAGCUGGUGAGAGACCUCCUCGCCGAUGAGAGGUCCUUUCUGAGAGAUCUCAACCUGAUCAUCAGGGUGUUCAAAGAUGAGCUGGAGAAGAUACUUGAGGGAGAUAAUAGGGCGAUAUCUCUAAUAUUUGGCAACAUAGUCGACAUCUACGAGCUAACGGUGACACUGCUUGGUAAUCUCGAAGAUGCCAUGGAAAUUGCCCAGGACUCGCCAACUCCAUAUGUUGGAAGUUGCUUCGAAGAAUUGGCAGAAGUAGAAGAAUUCCGUGCGUACGUACGGUACGCAAACAUCGUCACGCAGAAGCAGUCUCGGGACGCCCUGCAAAAAGUUGUGGAUGAUCCUGUGCUCGCGGAGCGACUGGACACGGCGGGGCACGGGUUCCGGCUGGCCGUGAAGUACUGUCUGCCGCGCCUGCUGCUGUCGCCCGUCGCGCACGUGUUCCUGUACCACAGCUACGUGCGCGCGCUGCUGCCCGUCGCGCCUUCGCAUGAUGACCGCGAGAGCUUCAAACAGGUGGAGUGCAAUCUACACCCAAUAGAGAAAUUGUUAACAAAAGCUUUAGGAAAUGGACCAAAGUUAGAAGGGGCAAUAAGGUCUGCGAAUCGCGCGAGAAGACAACUAGCAAUAGAGAAGUGCAAUGAGCUCACUAAACUCGUCGACAACUGGGACUCGCGCGACGUGCCGCAGUGUUGCAACGAAUUUAUUAGAGAGGACACAUUAUCAAAAAUAGGUCCGGGCAAGCGGAUAGCAGAGCGAAGAGCUUUUUUAUUCGACGGUCUGCUGCUACUGUGCAAACCCAUCACAAGUUUGGUAACGGUCAACAGUGGAGUGACCGCCGGUGGACCGCAACAGUUGAAAUUAAAAGAAAAGUUGCACAUACGGAAGCUAGAAAUUGUAGACCGACCUGAUGGUGAAGAGGGCCGUAACCUCAUCGAGUUAUGUCCACGCGUGGGCCCACCGGUGAUACUAGCGGCGGCAUCAAGUGCGGAGAAAAGGAACUGGAUGUGCGACCUUGUGAUGCUAAACACUAAACCCAUGUUGGACAGAAGUUUGGACAGCAUACUGCUAGACCUGGAAAAGAGACAUCCUCUGCAACUACCGCCAGUAACGCUCUACCGAUUCGCGGAACCGGACUCGCAGGAUAACAUCGUGUUAGAGGACAGAGCGGGGCCUGCGCCCUUGAUAAAGGGCGCAACGUUGUUGAAACUGGUGGAACGUCUGACAUACCACGUGCACGCGGACCUGAACCUCGUGCGAACAUUCCUCACGACCUACCGAUCGUUCUGCUCGCCCGCCGAACUGCUGGACCUUCUCAUCGAGCGGUUCGACAUUCCCGAACCGCAUUUGGUGUACGACGCGCCGAGAUCUGUCCCGAGGAUCAAGCCACCCAAGAAGGACAUCAGUCCUAACGCUUCAUUGUUGGACCUAGACCUUGAUAUAGCCGAAUGUGUGGAGAUCUCAGCGAGUAGCGACGCGGAGAAGCUCAGCAAAAACACGGCCCGGGAAGACUGGAAGAGGUACCGGAAAGAAUUUCUACAGCCUGUCAAGUUCAGAGUAAUAAACGUGUUACGACAUUGGGUGGAUCAACAUUUCUACGAUUUCGAGCGUGAACCUUCUCUAUUGGACAAGUUGAAAAAUUUUCUGGAGUCAGUGGACGGAAAACCUAUGAAGAAAUGGGUACAAAGUGUGCUCAAGACGGUUCAGAGAAAGUGUGCCCAAAGCAACCAAAGUGAUACCGAUUCGAUCGCGAGCGGGAUCUCCGCAUCGGGAUCGCAAUGGUCGGUCAGUUCGGCGUGUUCGGGCGUGUCACACGUGUUCGACCGCCUGCCACCCGCGCCCUUACGUCACUUGGCUGAUCCUGACCGACACGGCUGGAACCCACUGGCGUUGCACCCUCUAGAGUUAGCCAGGCAACUGACUCUGCUCGAGUUCCAGUUGUACCGACAGGUAAAACCUUCAGAAUUAGUGGGCGCGGUGUGGACCAAAAAAGACAAGGAAAUGAGCAGCCCAAACCUACUUAGGAUAAUUAAACAUACCACCAAUUUUACACGAUGGAUGGAGAAAUGGAUCGUUGAAAGUGAAAACCUAGAAGAAAGAGUGGCGAUCCUCGGCCGGUUUCUAGAAGUAGCGAUAGCAUUGCGAGACCUCAACAACUUCAACGGGGUUCUUGCAGUGGUCUCCGCCUGUGGAUCCGCCUCCGUGUAUCGGCUAAGAGCGACUUUUCAGUCGGUAUCGAAGUGUCUAAAGGGUUCGCUAGAGCAAUUGCGGGAACUGAACUCGGAUCACUUUCGACGGUACCAGGAGCAAUUACGCAGCAUCAACCCGCCUUGCGUGCCUUUCUUUGGCAUGUAUCUCACCAACAUUCUGCACAUCGAGGAAGGAAACCUGGAUUACCUACCGAACACAGAGCUGAUCAACUUCUCGAAACGGCGAAAAGUGGCGGAAAUCACAGGCGAGAUUCAACAGUACCAAAAUCAGCCCUAUUGCCUCACGGUUGAACCUCGUACCAGGGCAUUCCUAGAAACAUUGGAUCCGUUUCCGGACAUGGAAGACAAUGUGGUGGCGAAUUAUUUGUACGAAAAAAGCCUAGAGAUCGAGCCCCGAAGCAAACCUAUGAUUAAAGUGCCCCGGAAGUACCCAGAACUGUCCCUGAAACCUGUGAAAGUGUCGCGGCGGCAUCACGAGGCGCAAAACUACAGGGAGUCCACAUCAUCUAUUUCAUCCGUGUCCGACGACGUGUGUAGUCUGCUGCAACUGUCGCCGACGAGUGCGUGGGACGGUAUGUCCGUCACUUCGCUCAACGUGCACGAUCCCAGUUCACGCGAAGAUCGGGGCUUGUUGGCCAGUCCACAGGAGUGGCUGGACCGUUCGAGCUCCAACUCGCUGGCACAGCUGGGCCAGUUCAGCUUGUUCGACAAGGGGCUGUCUUUGUUCGACAAGAGCAAAUCCACCAGCACGCUGAACAGAAGUAUCGGAUUUACCAAAGAUGAACCACCUUCGCCGGGAAAUAACCAUUCUCCAAAUUCUAGUAAAUGGGCUCGAAAGCCAGUCCUGUCUCCCCGGGGGCCGUAUCCGGAGUCGACUGUCAGCAUCAGUAUGGAACACCUCGCCUACAACAACAAGAAGCCGGAUCUACAACAGGAACAAGUGCCUUCGCUACCACCGCGCACCACCGUGUCGCAGACUAACUCUGUGCUGGCGUCGGACAACGAGGCCCCUCCUGUGCUGCCUAGGAGGCCCCCUUCACCGCACACUGCAAUAUCCGAGACUCCGCCCGAACCGCCCGACAGGCCUUUGCCUAGUCCAAAGCACCCAGAAUUGAUCAGCCUUUCUCACAAAAGUCCGGUCAUGUCUCCUAAGAGAUCUCCAGCGCCCGCGCCGCCCAUCAGCCCAAUGGUGCCAGACAGAGCGGCGUUUAGUUUUCCUUCCACAACAACGUCUCCAUCAGCGCACCACAAUUCGGACGGUUCGGCGCCGCCUCCACUGCCCCCGCGCAAGAGAAGAGACUCUACAGCACCGCAUACUCCACAUCUCACGUGCACGGGUUUCUCGUCGUGGUUCGGCACGGACGGCUCCCCGUCGGGCGCGUCCCCCGCGAGCUGCGCGCCCCCCGCACCCCCCGCGCCCGCCGCCUCCAGCACGCCGCCGCCGCUGCCGCCGCGCCCGCCGCCGCCGCCCGAGCUGCUGCGCCCUGCCAGCUCCGCGCUACUGCAGCGCCGGCACACCGCCGCAUUAGCACCGAAACUACCACCGAAGCCGGCCGCGACGGCCGUCGCGCCGCGAAUGUAGCCACUCUCUCUAGUAAUAACUACAUAUAUAGCAAAGUUCUGUAAUUCCAUCCCUAUUCACUACUAUGGGCCACAGCUAAAAUCUACCAUACUUUUAAGCAUCAGCUAUUCCAACAUCUUUAAAACCCGGCUUCAUACUCACACUGAACACACUCAAGAAGUACCGGUGAUUUUUUUCUCUCUUUUUAACCCCCGACCCAAAAAGAGGGGUGUUAUAAGUUUGACGUGUGUAUCUGCGUAUCUGUGUAUGGCAUCGUAGGUCCUAAA